GCUGGCCGCGCGCUCCCCUACUUGCCCCGCGCCCCUCGCCGCCGUAUGUGGUCGCUGGCACCUAGAAGAACUAGAGCACGGGGCCCGCAUCUCUCGGCUAAGGCCCGGACUGGAUCUGUACCUUAGCUCCUCUGCUCGUGCUAUGUGUAUUGCGUUACUGCAACCGAUUGCUAUUUGCUAGUGACUACAAACGAGUCCAAAAUUGGUCCAUUUCUGUUACUGGUGAGACACCUCGCUAGCUGCUAACUCACAUUCCCAUCUCCAUGAACGACACCGCCAAUUCUAGAACCGACUGCAAGUUCCAGUCCAGUGCACAUCUCUGAUUUUGGUUGCGAUGUGGGCUAACUGAAUCCAGUUUCAUCAGGAUCUCAAAUGCAAAUACAGCCCCUCAUUUUCACAAGUUCCACUGCGCAAUUUUCAUUCAUGCUAGCACUACAUAUUACCCUGUUAGGUGGAUCAUACUUUUUUCUUAAGACUGUUAGGUGAAAAACAAUCAGAUUCCAUGCUUAAUGCUUUGCUUGCCAGUUUACUCUGCCAGUACCUGUCCAGCGGUUCCAUCCACCGAUCUUGUCAUGCACACAUCUGACUUAAUACAACUGCAUUUCCUCUUCGCUGCAGCAUCUUAUACACACCUGAAGCAGACCUCAUGAGUGGGGGCACCGCGGUGAGCGGCAGCCUGCGGACGGCCCUCUCGUACUGCGUCCAGCAGGUGCGCAGCUACGACUACCACAACUACCUCUGCCUGCUCCACCUACCUCCGGCCAUGCGCAAGGCCGCGUUCACCUUCCGGGCCUUCAACGUCGAGACGGCCAAGGCCAUGGACGUCGUGUCCGACCCCCGCAAGGGCCUCAUGCGCCUCCUCUGGUGGAAGGACGUGGUCGACAAGGUCUGCGCCGGCAAGAAGGUCGAGCACCCCGUCGCGCUCGCGCUCUCCUCGGUUCUCUCCGAGCACAAGGUCAGCAAGCACUGGCUCAAGCGGUCGCUGGAGGCGAGGAUAAAUGAUGGAAACCGGGAUGACGACGCCAUUCCUGAGAAUAUUCCGGAGCUGGAGAGGUACGCGGAGGACACCCAGUCGACCAUCCUGUACAUGACGCUGCAGGCUGGUGGGAUACAGUCCACCAUUGCUGAUCAUGCUGCGUCGCAUAUCGGCAAGGCGAGUGGGCUGCUGCUGCUGCUCAAGGCGCUGCCUCACCAUGUCAGCAAGCAGGGGAAGAUACCGUACAUCCCGGCGAGUGUGGCCGAGGAGUGUGGGCUGCUUGCCCGGGAAGGUGGCCGGACAGAGGUCAGGAUGGGCGAUGCGCUCCCGGAUGCAGUUUUCAAGGUUGCGUCUGUUGCCGAAGCUCACCUGCAGAAGGCGCGGGAGCUGGCCGCGUCUGUGCCAGCAGAGGCUGUCCCCGUGCUCCUCCCAGCCGUGCCGGCCCAGGUCCUUCUGGACUCCCUGCGGCGCCGCGAAUUCAACGUCUUCGACUCACGCUUGUCCAGUGGAGUCCAUGGCAUAUCCCCUCUGUGGUACCAGCUGAAGCUAAACUGGCACUCGUGGCGAAACAAGUAUUGAAUGCAUACAUACAUUUUGAAGCAUGUUUGUUGAAAGCGCAGGUCAGCGUGCGUUUUAGCCCAGACUAAACCUGGGGUGUCCAUUUACUGAAAUGUAAUAAGCUUGAUGAUCAAGAAAGGCUCUGCUACCUGCUGCAGCUGGCUGUUUCUGAGCAAUUUUGAUGUAGCUUCCUUUUUCACUGGAGACAUGCUUUGUUGGGGGUUGUUUGUUUCGUUUGUAUUCGAGUAUCGACAUGAGGUGGAUGAAUGUUAUUUGUUGAGCUUGUCCUUUCA